CUUCAGUCACUACUCACUACUCUCUGUUAGCUUUACAUCGUCUUACAAGCUACAACACAGUGCACAUAAUAUUUUGAGUAAAAAUGAUUUCAAUUAAUGAUUGGAAAUUCCUUUUGAAAGUUAUUUUAUUAAUUUUAUAUUUCGAUUGUGCAAGAUGUGCAGGCUGCAACAGUAAUGAACUAUUAUAUAAAGAAAUUGGAUGUAAACCUAUUUUCGAAAAUGGUUCGAAUUCUUGUCCAGUGGCAUACGACUGUGAAAACGUGUUUACAAGAUCAAGUGACAAGUGUUAUCUUAAUGGGAAUGUCUACACACCAAAAGAUAAUGUCUCUAAAAUUGACUCUGCAUUAAGCCUAUGUGUAUCCGAUUGCUUCUGCGAUCAGAAAACGAAUGAUAAUAAAACUACAGCUACAUUUGUAUGCGAAUAUGAUCGUUGUCCAUCUUAUUUCACAUUAACGGCCGAAUCAUGUUAUUAUAAAUUUGACAAAAAUUUAUGCUGUGAGACUGAAUUGUACUGUCCUGAAGAUAAUAAUGCGACCAUUCACGAAUGUAUUUAUGAUGGCAAAACUUAUAAGGAUGGACAACAAUUUAAUAUUAAAAAUGAUUACCUAUGUGUGUGUUCACCAGAAUUCAAUGGUACGGCUAAUGAUAAUUUGUGCAGAAGAUUCAAAUGCAAUUAUGAACUUCUUUACAUGGAAAAUAUUUUGAAUCGAGACGCUCCUCUUUAUUUUGAAGAAAAGGAUGGGUGUCCUAUCUACUGGUAUCAAUCUGAAUAUGAACCCGAUUUUGGUACUGUUGAAGUAACUGGAACUAUUAAUUCCAGUAGCCAUGUGUGCAAAUAUGGGAAUCUUAGUGUACCAAUAGGCCAACAAUUAAAGAUUGACCGACUUUCAACUAAGAAUUCUGAAUCAAAUACAGAUAAAACAAUAUGUACUUGUGACACCCCUCCGUUAAUAACUUGCAUUACGGGUAAAAAAGAUAUUAUGAAUGAUAAAUAUAAUAUGCAUAUAAUAUAAAUUUGCUGUAAAUAUAGAAAUACAUAUCAGUAGAAUAAGACGAUAAUAAUAUUAUCUGUACUUAUAUUAAUAAUAGAAUUCAAUUAUCCAACUUUUUA